UGCUGUUCUCAAUCUCUUGCAGAAUCUAUUGAAUAUUGAGAUAUUAAAACUAAAUUUAAUAUACCUUGCUAUGCAGGCAUCAAAGGCUCAGUCAGAUCUUGAGUUAGACUGAUAUUGAAGAUGUUCACUGAUUAUGUAUUAAGUACUGUUACUGAGGUAAUCUUUUGUAUCUUUCCACCGGAGAUGAGCUAGAUUGAGAGGGGUGAUAUGUGAGUGAGACAUGGCAUUGAUGUCUUGAGACAUCAAAGACAGACAGUGUUUUCGCGGAGGUUGCACUUCAGAUGUGUCUGUUGAUUAUGUGCUUGAUACUAUUGCCAAGGUAUCUUUUUGUAUCUUUCUGCUGGAGAGGGGCCAGAUUUGGAAGGGCGGUACGUGAGUUGGGACUCGGCGUUGAUGUUUUGGAACAUCAGUUGGGGAUCUUCCAAAAUCAAAAAGAUUCGCGCAUAUGGCUAGGUCUCUACAUCUUACAAUUUGUAUGGCAAUUUGACCCGGGGUUGUGGUGUGGUAGGGGUGGACAGGGGAUAAUCCCACACAGGAGUUCGAACCACGUCUGGUUCACGUUUGGCUGGAUAACUCCACCACCACACGGGGUAUGCGGUCGGCGAUGGGGUCGCAAUGCUCGUAUGAUCGAGGGCUCUUCGAUGGAUCUAUCGGCGGGUUCUUAUUCGAAAAAUUGAGCGAGUUCGUGGUGGGGCGGUU